AACAAUGGUAGGUAAAGACCUUGUUGUUGCUGACCUUGAGUUAGCAGUUAGGCGUUAUCAAGCUUGUAAUACUCACAAAUUUUUGGAAGUUUGGAGGACUAUCACUUCAAACCAGUAUAUUCUAGACAUAAUUGAGCAUGGGGUUAAAAUUGAAUUUAUUAGUGUCCCAGUGUCAUCUUACCACCCAGUGAAGUUUUCACAAAAAGAUUGUAUAACUAUAAGUAAGGAAAUUCAACAACUUUUACAAAAGAAGGCAAUCCAGCAGGUACAAGCAACAAAUAACUGUUUUCUUUCAGGUAUAUUUAUUGUCCCUAAAAAAGAUGGUAGCUCAAGAAUGAUUAUCAACCUUAAACAGUUAAAUAGAUCUGUCAGAUAUCGCCAUUUUAAAAUGGAAACACUGCAAGAUGUUUUAUGUCUUAUCAAACCAGGUGUUUGGAUGGGAAGUAUUGACUUAAAGGACGCAUACCACAGCAUCCCUUUUCAUAUUGACUUCCAAAAGUUCUUAGCUGUUUCUUGGGAUGGACAAUUUUACCAAUUUCUAGCUUUACCCUUUGGAUUUGGUCCAGCUGUUAGGAUCUUCACCAAAGUUCUUAAAGCACCCUUUAAAGUACUAAGAGGGGCAGGUCAUGUAUCUGUUGUAUAUAUAGAUGAUUCUUAUUUGCAAGGUGAUACUUAUGAAUCAUGCCAAAGAAACAUUACGGCAACUGUCUCACUUUUGAGCAGCUUAGGAUUUACUGUACAUCCAAACAAGUCAAUUCUUGUGCCUACCCAAUGUAUGAUGUUUUUAGGGUUUGUGUUAAACUCUGCUCAGAUGACAAUAGCCUUAAGCGAGGAAAGGGUCAUAAAAUUAAAGUGUCUAUGUAAGGACUUGCUGUACAUGCAUCACCCCACAGUUAGGUUUGUUUCCAGGGUUAUUGGAACAUUAGUUUUUGCCUUUGAUGCCGUGAAGUAUGGCAAGUUACAUUACAGGUCCUUGGAGACAGAUAAGAAUCUAGCACUCAAACUAGGCCAUGGAAAUUUUGAUUCAAAGGUUUUUAUUUCAGAGUUUUCUAUUAAGGAUUUACAGUGGUGGCUCACAAUGGCUCAGUUUACCAGACCUAUACAAUUGCCUAAAAUUGAUCUUAUUUUAUCCUCUGAUGCUAGUCUUCAAGGAUGGGGUGGCACUGACGGAAACUCUCUAAUAGGGGGGCGUUGGUCUGAAGGAGAAUUACCUGAGCAUAUCAAUACUUUAGAGUUGUUGGCUGCAUUUUUUACACUCAAAGCCUUCUUGAAAAUAAGACAUUAUAGACAUGUUCAGUUAAGAUUGGAUAACACCACAGCUGUGGCCUACAUAACAAAGAUGGGGGGCCUUCACUCCAUUGCUUGUAAUAAAUUGGCUGUUGAAAUAUGGGAAUUUGCUAGAACAUGUGAUGUUUGGUUAUCAGCUUGUCAUAUACCUGGUGUAUUAAAUACUAUAGCUGAUUAUAAAUCAAGACAAUUUCAGGAUAACAUUGAAUGGUCCUUGAAUGUAAAACAAUUUAACAUAAUUUCCGACAUUUUUUGGAAAUUUGAUAUUGACCUUUUUGCAUCCAGACUCAAUGCAAAAUGUGAGGAUUAUUUUUCUUUAAGACCUGAUCCAGAUGCUAAAGCUGUAAAUGCCUUCGCUCAGACCUGGUCGAAUUUAAACUUUUAUGCCUUCCCACCAUUUAAUUUGAUUGGAAAAGUUCUUGCAAAGAUAAAUAUAGAUCAAGCCACAGGCAUUCUUGUAGUACCUUUCUGGUCUUCGCAGUCUUGGUUUUCUCAAGCAAUUAAUAUGUUAUACAGGACACCUGUGUUAUUUCCUCCUUCAUCUAGAUUAUUGUUUCUACCGGGAACAAAAAGACAACAUCCUCUACACCAAACCUUGUCGCUGCUCAUGCUGCCUGUCUCCGGGAAUCGUUACAAGGUAAAGAGCUUCCAUCAGACACUGUCGAUAUCAUUGCAGCAUCAUGGAGAGAAGGUACCCAGAAACAAUACUCGGGUCCAAUCAGACGAUGGAUACAAUAUUGCACUGGGAGGUCGAUUGAUCCCUAUCAUCCAAAUGUGAAAGAUGUGUUAAUACACCUUACUGAAUUAUUCAAAGAGAUGUUAUUGGUAGUGUGACAAGUCUUCAUGAUCUUGGUGCCUCGCUCUUGGACUCAGUUAUGGAAGCGACAAGUCAUGAAUCUUAGUUUGCGUUCUUUUUAACAUUUACAUACUGAUUGUAACAUUAUAUUGUUAAAAGAAGUUUGCUCAGUUAUUCAAA